AUGCCAUGGGAAGGAGCCCGAGACAUAGAUGGCCUUAAAUCCGACUUCCUCAGUUAUCUCGACCGUCUAUCUGUAAUCCGAGAAGCCAUAUUCUACGGGCACCGAAAUUACGAGGCAAGCUAUGUGGAGGGGCUUCUCGGUUGUUCGGUCCAGAACAUCGAAGCCGCUCAGAUGCAGAUCUCGGGGAGAAUAGCCAAUUCCAAUUACAUCAGUUGUAUGACGGGUGGUGGUCUUCUUAACGAGUGUAUCGUGGUUGACUAUGAAGGUGUGGAACAUUGCGUGAUCGCCGAGCUCAAUGCACGAAGAAAUGCCAUCUUGAAAGGGCAGCAUGGAACUCAGCGAAUGAAUUGA